CUUUGUAUAAAUAAUCUCGUCAGAUUAAAUAAAAGUUUAAUCCCUAAUUUCUCCCCUAAUUAUCUGAAUCCCAAAAUCCUCACUCUCUCUCUGUAUCUGUUUUUGUGUGUAUUGAUAGAUUCGUAAGCGAUGACGCAUGCAUAUGGGACCUCUUCUAUCUUGUCCCCUUUUCUAUUUCUUUUUCUUCUCUGUCGUUUUAUUCAGUUCCCGUUUUCUAGCAGUUACUUUGUUUCUAUAUAUAAGUAUUAUUCGAGUGUUCGGCCGCUGCGAAGAGCUACUGAAUUACAUCAUCGACUUCACAUGCUAGUUCUUGACGCAAACACGCAUUUUGACGAAUUCAUAAACCCCUGAAGCCUGACUUUCCAGGAUUUAUUGGUUGCUUACCAGAAAGAUGGGUUUUGAACCCUUAGUUUGGUUUUGCCGGCCAGUGGCAAAUGGGGUUUGGGCUCGAGAAACAGAUAGCGCAUUUGGUGCAUAUACGCCUUGUGCCAUUGACUCCGUUGUGGGGAAUGUUUCUUUUUUGGUUCUUCUGGGCUUGUGCUUAUAUAGAAUAUGGCUCAUGAAGAUUAACCCUAAACUCCAACGUUUCUGCUUGAGAUCAAAUUUCUGCAAUUAUGUUUUGGCCACUUUAGCCACUUGUUUUGCUGCUGAGCCCUUGUUCAAAUUUGUGAUUGGUAUAUCAAUUUUCGAUUUGGAUGAAGAGACGGGUCUUGCUCCUUAUGAGAUGGUUCAUUUGGGCAUUGAAUUUAUCGCGUGGUGUUCUAUGGUACUUAUGCUUGUUAUUGAAACUAAAAUCUACGUCAAAGAGUUCAGAUGGUAUAUCAGAUUUGGAGUAAUAUAUGUUUUGGUAGGAGAUGCAGUUCUUCUCAAUCUUAUCCUCCCACUCAAAGAGUUCUAUGUCAGGUCGACAUUGUACUUGUGCAUCACUUCAGUCUUGUUCCAGGUUCUGUUUGGUUUACUUCUUCUUCUUUAUGUUCCAAACUUGGAGUCAUAUCCAGGCUACAUUCCGUUAUUGGACUCUAUUGAUGACACCAAAAAUGAAAAACCUCUAGGAGAGCAAGUUUGUCCCGAGAGAUAUGCCAGUAUAUUAUCCAGGAUCUACUUUGAUUGGAUGACACCCCUUAUGCAGCAAGGGUUUAAAAAGCCCAUCACUGAAAAGGACGUCUGGAAGUUGGACUCAUGGGAUCAAACCGAGACAUUGAGUACAAAAUUCCAGAAUUCUUGGGAGGAAGAAGCUCAAAGAUCAAAACCAUGGCUUUUACGUGCUUUGAAUCGUAGCCUUGGAGGAAGGUUCUGGUAUGGAGGCUUCUUCAAAAUUGGUAAUGAUCUCUCCCAGCUUGCAGGACCUGUUUUACUUAACCAUCUGUUAAAGUCUCUGGAAAGUGGUGAUUCAGCUUGGGUUGGUUAUGUGUAUGCACUAUCAAUUUUUGUCAGCGUGUCACUUGGAGUGCUUUGUGAGGCCCAGUACUUUCAGAAUGUCAUGCGUGUUGGUUUCAGGCUAAGAUCCACUCUGGUUGCUGCUGUAUUUCGCAAAUCCUUACGACUUACACAUGAAGGCCGUAAGCAUUUUCCAUCUGGAAAAAUAACAAAUAUGAUGACAACAGAUGCUAAUGCACUUCAGCAAAUAUGCCAACAACUUCAUGGUUUAUGGUCGGCCCCAUUUCGCAUUAUCAUGGCUAUGGGUCUUCUCUACCAGCAGCUAGGUGUAGCUUCACUUCUUGGUUCUCUGAUGUUAGUCCUCAUGUUCCCUCUCCAGACUUUUAUCAUUAGCAGGAUGCGAAAACUAUCCAAGGAGGGAUUGCUACGUACUGAUAAGAGAGUUGGCUUGAUGAACGAAAUUUUGGCUGCUAUGGAUACAGUGAAAUACUAUGCAUGGGAAAAGAGUUUCAAAUCAAAAAUUCAGGUUAUGAGAGAUGAUGAGCUAUCGUGGUUCAGGAAAGCACAAUUACUCUCAGCGUGUAAUACUUUCAUAUUAAACAGCAUACCAGUUCUCGUCACAGUGAUUUCAUUUGGGACGUUCACAAUUUUUGGUGGAGAUUUGACACCUUCCAGAGCUUUCACAUCACUUUCCUUGUUUGCUGUUCUGCGAUUUCCCCUGAAUAUGCUUCCUAAUUUGAUUACUCAGGUUGUCAAUGCAAAUGUAUCUCUACAGCGACUAGAAGAAUUAUUUCUUGCUGAAGAGAGAACUUUAAUACCUAAUCCACCUCUUGAACCUAAGCUUCCUUCCAUCUCAAUCAAGGAUGGAUACUUCUCCUGGGAUUCUAAGGCUGCAAGACCCACAUUAUCCAAUAUUAAUUUGGACAUCCCAGUUGGCAGCUUAAUUGCAGUUGUUGGUGGCACUGGAGAAGGAAAAACCUCGUUAGUUUCAGCAAUGCUUGGAGAGCUUCCUCCUCUGGGAGAUGCAAGUGUCGUAAUCAGAGGAUCUGUUGCUUAUGUUCCUCAAAUCUCUUGGAUCUUCAAUGCUACAGUACGCGAAAAUAUAUUAUUUGGUUCUACUUUUGAACCAGCUAGAUACUGGAAGGCAGUAGAUGUCACUGCAUUGCACCAUGACCUUGAAGUGCUUCCUGGUCGCGAUCUAACAGAGAUUGGUGAAAGAGGAGUAAACAUUAGUGGAGGACAAAAGCAAAGAGUUUCAAUGGCUAGGGCUGUGUACUCUGAUUCAGAUGUUUACAUAUUUGAUGAUCCAUUAAGUGCUCUAGACGCCCAUGUUGCUCGACAGGUUUUCAAUAAUUGUAUAAAGGAAGCUCUUGGAGGAAAAACGAGAGUGCUUGUCACGAAUCAGUUGCAUUUUCUUCCCCAGGUUGACAGAAUAAUUUUGAUCUCUGAAGGUAUGGUGAAAGAAGAGGGCACCUUUGAGGAGCUCUCCAAGAAUGGCACACUUUUCAAGACACUAAUGAAAAAUGCCGGCAAAAUGGAAGAACACAUACAUGAAAAUGGAGAUGGGAUGAAUAUUUCUCAUGAAUCAUCUUCAAUUUCUUCUGCUACGGAUGUACAUGAGGCGCCAAAAGAUGCAAACUCAACUAGCAAAACAAAAGAAGGCAGAUCAGUUCUUAUCAAGCAGGAAGAGCGAGAGACAGGGAUUGUCAGCUGGAAUGUUUUAAUGAGGUACAAAAAUGCUAUGGGAGGAUUGUGGGUUGUAAUGAUAUUGUUUACAUGCUAUAUACUGACUGAAAUUCUGCGAGUUUCAAGUAGCACAUGGUUGAGUUUUUGGACAAAACAGAGCACUUCAGCGAGUUAUGGUCCUGGUUUCUAUAUCCUUGUUUAUGCAAUAUUAUCCUUUGGUCAGGUGCUAGUGACGUUGACAAAUUCGUUUUGGUUGAUCACUUCAAGUCUUGGUGCUGCUAAAAGACUUCAUGAUUCAAUGCUAUGUUCCAUACUCAGAGCUCCAAUGCUGUUCUUCCAUACUAAUCCUACGGGACGAGUAAUCAAUAGAUUUGCAAAGGAUCUUGGUGAUGUUGACCGCAAUGUUGCAAGUAUGGUCAAUAUGUUUCUAAGCCAACUGUGGCAGCUGCUUUCAACUUUUGUGCUCAUAGGAAUUGUGAGCACUAUAUCUUUGUGGGCCAUAAUGCCCCUUCUCAUCCUAUUUUACGCUGCCUAUCUCUAUUAUCAGAGCACAUCCCGGGAAGUAAAACGUCUGGAUUCUAUCACCAGAUCUCCUGUAUAUGCACAGUUUGGAGAAGCAUUGAAUGGGUUGUCAACAAUUCGAGCAUACAAAGCAUACGAUAGGAUGGCAAAUAUUAAUGGGAAGUCCAUGGACAAUAAUGUCAGAUUUACUCUGGUUAACAUAAGCUCAAAUCGCUGGCUCACCAUCAGACUGGAAACUCUGGGAGGUGUCAUGAUCUGGUUGACCGCAACCUUUGCUGUUAUGCAGAAUCAACGAGCUGUAAAUCAACUGGCAUUUGCAUCUACAAUGGGUUUGCUCCUCAGUUAUUCUUUAAGUAUCACAAAUUUAUUGAGUAAUGUCCUGAGGCUAGCAAGUAGAGCAGAAAACAGUUUAAACUCAGUUGAGCGUGUUGGCACGUAUAUCGAUUUGCCGUCUGAGGCACCAGAGGUCAUUGAAAAAAACCGCCCCCCUCCCGGGUGGCCUGCCUCGGGAUUCGUCAAAUUUGAGAAUGUUUCCAUGCGAUACAGGCCUGGACUGCCACCUGUCCUGAAGGGAUUGUCGUUCACUAUCUAUCCGCAUCAGAAGGUUGGCAUAGUUGGAAGAACUGGUGCUGGUAAAUCAAGCAUGGUCAAUGCAUUGUUUCGGAUAGUGGAACUUGAAAGAGGAAGAAUCCUUAUCGAUGAUUUUGAUGUUGCGAAAUUUGGGUUAACAGAUUUGCGUAAAGUUCUGAGUAUCAUUCCACAGUCCCCUGUUCUCUUCUCAGGUAGUAUUCGAUUUAAUCUUGACCCUUUUGGUGAACACAACGACCCAGACCUCUGGGAGGCUUUGGAACGAGCACACUUAAAGAAUGUCAUUAGCAGUAAUGCUUUUGGUUUGGAUGCUGAGGUUUUGGAAGGAGGCGAAAACUUUAGCGUUGGGCAGAGGCAACUACUAAGUCUUGCUCGAGCAUUACUUCGGAGAUCAAAGAUCCUUGUUCUUGAUGAAGCAACAGCAGCCGUUGAUGUUAGGACUGAUGCACUUAUACAGAAAACCAUUCGAGAAGAAUUCAAAUCUUGCACUAUGCUCACAAUUGCUCAUCGCCUCAACACCAUCAUCGACAGUGACCAAAUUCUUGUUCUUGAUUCUGGUCAAGUGCUCGAGUACGAUACUCCUGAAGGUCUUCUAGAAAGAGAAGAAAGUGCUUUCUCUAAGAUGGUUCAAAGUACAGGUCCUGCAAAUGCUGAGUACUUGCGCGGCUUAGUUGUAAGAAAGGAUAGUGAAAAGAAGAAUAUGUUCGAAAAGCGAGGCGUCUCCUUCAAUGGAGAAACGAGAUGGCUUUUAUCUUCACGUUGGAAUGCUGCUACACAGUAUGCACUUGGUCUUAAUCUCGCCUCCUCGGUGAAGGAUCUCGAGGUGUUCGGCUCUGAAGAUGAGAACAAUGUGAUUAACAAAACAAAGGAUGCUAUCGUAGUUCUGCAGGAUGUUUUGACGGGGAAACACGACAGAGUUAUCGAGGAGACACUUGAUCAAUUUGACGUUCCGAGAUAUGGAUGGUGGUCGGCUUUUUAUCGGGUGGUUGAAGGUCUUGCUGAGAUGAGCAGGUUGGGAAGAAAUGGGUACCAACAACUGGAAAAUGGUUCUGAAGAUGACAGAGAAUUUGGAUGAACAUCAUAUGUAGCGUAGUAUAGGUAGGGAAUAAAUUAUGUAACAAAUAAUUUAGACAUCUUGCCCAUGAUUGAUGAUGUCCUAUCUGAUUUAUAGCCAUCUUUGAUUCUUGAAGUUAUGUAACAAAUACCUUUGAGAAAAAAGGGCAAUGAGAUCUAAUUUGACUC